AUGACUUUAUUAAAAUACACCGAGAAACAGAAAAAAAGGAAACCAUUGAAAAUGGAUAUGGCAAUGUGUGGUGUUGGGGGGAAAAAUAGGAAUGGUAAGGGAGAUAUGACGAAUUCAGACGGAGAAUUUCACUGGGAUUCAGAAGAGAUCAUGGUGGAGUGGAGAUUCGGUGAAUUAGUGUCGGUUAGCAAGACCUCCAGAAUGAGAUGGGCGAUGCGGACCGAAGAAACCGUAAAGGUACGGGUUGACGACCGAGUUGAAGAUGAUUAG